UCUGCCCUCCCCAUCCCCUCCUACUCCCGCUCGGCCCGGCCCGGCCCGGCCCCGCUCGGCGCUGUGAUUGGGCGGAAGAUGGCGCUGGGCGGAUGGAAAUCCUAAUGACGGUCUCCAAAAUCGCCUCCAUCUGUACCAUGGGCGCCAAUGCCUCAGCUUUGGAGAAAGAGAUUGGUCCAGAACAAUUUCCAGUCAAUGAACACUAUUUUGGUUUAGUUAAUUUUGGGAAUACAUGCUACUGCAAUUCAGUUCUUCAGGCACUUUAUUUUUGUCGUCCAUUUCGAGACAAAGUCUUAGCAUACAAAAGUCAACCAAGAAAAAAAGAGAAUCUCCUUACAUGCUUAGCUGACCUCUUCCACAGUAUAGCCACCCAGAAGAAAAAAGUUGGAGUUAUACCUCCCAAGAAAUUUAUAACAAGAUUACGAAAAGAAAAUGAGCUUUUUGAUAACUACAUGCAGCAGGAUGCACACGAGUUCUUAAACUACCUGUUAAAUACAAUUGCGGAUAUCUUGCAAGAGGAAAGAAAACAAGAGAAGCAAAAUGGUCGCUUACCCAAUGGCAAUAUUGAUAAUGAAAAUAACAGCCCACCAGACCCAACGUGGGUUCAUGAAAUCUUUCAGGGAACGUUAACAAAUGAAACCAGAUGUCUUACGUGUGAAACUAUAAGCAGCAAAGAUGAAGACUUCUUAGAUCUUUCUGUUGAUGUAGAACAAAAUACUUCAAUUACUCAUUGCUUAAGGGGUUUCAGCAAUACAGAAACUCUGUGCAGUGAAUACAAGUACUACUGUGAAGAGUGCCGCAGUAAGCAAGAAGCACAUAAAAGGAUGAAAGUAAAAAAACUGCCUAUGAUUCUGGCUCUCCAUUUGAAGAGAUUUAAAUAUAUGGAUCAGCUGCACAGAUACACAAAACUCUCUUACAGAGUAGUUUUUCCUUUAGAGCUUCGUUUAUUUAACACCUCAGGAGAUGCCACCAAUCCUGACAGAAUGUAUGACCUCGUUGCUGUGGUAGUUCAUUGUGGAAGUGGCCCUAACAGAGGACAUUAUAUUGCAAUAGUGAAGAGUCACGAUUUUUGGUUGCUUUUUGAUGAUGAUAUUGUUGAGAAAAUUGAUGCACAAGCGAUUGAAGAAUUCUACGGGUUGACGUCAGACAUCUCAAAGAACUCUGAGUCUGGUUACAUCCUCUUCUAUCAGUCUCGGGAUUGAGGGGGAGUUACAGUGAAGAGAGAUUGUUACGCCUCGCAUCUUCUCUAUCUUGGAUUGGAGCAAGCACUGAAAGAAAGGAAGCUGGAAGCUCCAGGGGCAGUAGCACAGUUUGCACACGGCUAAGCAAAGAACUUGGGAUUUUUAAGACCUUUGUAUCAUUUUCAUUUUAUUUGCUCAGGUAUCAUGCUGACUGCACAUCUCCACUGCAUCUCAUAAGCAAAAAAGAGAUACCAGCCACUCUUGCAGGAGCUUUCUGUUAGGAUGUACUGUCUUCAAAUACUGGUCCUAAUUCAAAGCCUAUUAAGGUCACUGGAAAACCUUUCAUGGAAUUCAGUGGAAUUUGAAUCAGAUUCUAGCAGCACUGCCAGAUUGGUGCAAUAGGAGCAUUAGAGAUCUCUAUUUUAUAUAGACUUCACAUGUAAGAGGUAAAGGACUCUUUGUAAACUUAAUUUCCUGUGCUUAAUUUUGAAAGAACGAGGCUGGAACGUUACUGUGUAAGCAAAAAGAUAUAUCUGGGCCCAAUUGCCUUCUUGAUAGUAGUAGUUUAACCGAAGAUACAAACUAGUGUCAGGGAGGCAAAUUAUGUCUUGCUUCUCUGAAGAAGCUUACGUUAUUUAUAAUGUAUGAUCGGGAACAAUCAGUCAAGAUUAUGGCUUUUAGUCUCCGUAUGGGGAAAGGUUUGGUUUGUAAUAGCAUAUGUUUAUUUAUAAAUUAUUGUUACUUAGGAUCUUGUUACUUAGAAUCUCAUUUAUUCUAGCUGGUAUUGGGGAUUUUAUGUAUUAAUUUGAAUUAAAACUAAUUAUGUUUAAGUGUUUAAAAAAAAAAAGAGAGAGCUGAUAUAAAGUCUAAAAGCAAUGCCUGCAAUGUCUUUAAAAAUGAGUAACAUAGAGAGAUUUCCUUCUGGAGGAACUGGUAUCUAAGUGGGGUACUUUUAUUAAAUCAGAAUAUUAUCUUUCCAUUAAUGUGUAAAAAGUGAUCAAAAUAAUACAUAGAAGACUUUAAUGAAUGCAUAUCACAAGAAAAAGGUGGUGUGGUGGUGGUAUACCAGUCUUGAUAGUUCUUUAAUUGUUUGUUAAUGUCUUGUGCUCUAAGCAAUUUGGAACCAUUCUCAGAAUAUCAUUCCCUCUCCUAAAAAUGGAUCCACUUAUGUUACUUAUGUUGGUCACGUGGGUGACUGUCUCAAAAACCACUCAAGAUCUCAAGUACAAAUUGUGUCUAAGCAAUAAAAAGAAAUAGGCUUAGAAUUUCAUGAGACUGGAGAUAAACUACAAAUUCCUUUAAAAGUAGUAUAAAGAAGAGGAUUUUUCACCCCUAGGGUGAAAAAUUCUGAAACCAACUGCUUAUACUUCACUUUAGGUUUAUGAAAUAGCAUUAAGAAUUAAAUCUUGACAAAACACCUGAUCUGUAAUAAAUGUGAACUACUGUGAUUUGACAUUCUUCCUCUUAACAGUACUUUGUCUGUCAGUAGCUGAAUGUAACUUCUGGAAAGUGGGGGGAUAUUCAUUCCUGAUGAUGGCAAUCAAGUUUCGGAUGUCCUUGUCUCCCUUCUUCAGCUAAUGAUUUCUACCUUAUUGUAGUUUUCUAAGGUCAUUUUAUUGAUACUGUUGCAAACUUUAAAAAGAAUGUCUCCUGUCUGCUGCUAUAACCAUUUACUUACCUGUAUCUUUUAGCUCAGGAAAUGACUUCACCUAUUCACUCAGUUGAACUAAUCUUUAACAGGGUCACUGAAUAAAUUGGGCUAUUUAGCAACUGUCAUACUGUAACAAACUGCUUUUGUAAAACACAAAGUUUCUAAAGCCCUGGUUAGGCUAGAACACUUUUAUAUAAAAUCAUUUAUAGUGAUCAAACUGUCUAAGAACCAGCAUUGCAAAGUAGAGCUUCAAUAUUGUGGGGGAUGCAGAAAAUACAAUUGGAUUUUUCUUAAGGAAUUAAAAUAAUUUUAAAACCUUUUUUCAGCUUUCUGUGGGAAAAGGGCUAACAGGUGAGGCAGUUGAUUAAUGCUGCACAUUAAAGGAUGAAGUCCUUUGCAUACUAAAGGUACAGUAUUGUAAAAGAACUAAAGAACUGUCGUGUUUCUUUUUUACUAAUUGAUAAAUGUUUGGUCCUUCUUUUUUUGUGGCGUAGCUCAAAGCUGAGGCUAGUUGCUAAAUACUUUAUACCCUAACGAAAUGUAAAACACUUGUGUUUUAUUCACUGGUUUUACUUCUGCAACUUAUUUUUGUAAGACACUGACUUUUAUUUUGUGUAGGGUUUUUGAGAUAGUAUUCCAAAUUAUAUAUUUCACUUUGCUUUUUUUUUUUUUUUUUCAGCUGAAAUAAUUGUAAUUUCUCAAUUAAGCUAUUAUCAGAAACUGCAACUAUGUUAGAAAAAGUAAAGAAGCAGGGAAGUGCAGAAUAUAACUGUUUGGUAUGUAAAGCAGUAUGGAAUUAUUUCUUGACUAUAAUACAGGGGGGAGUGUGGGAAAGUUGUCAUUUGUUGUAAAUGGUGGAAAUGAUUUGCUGUGUCACUAUGUAAAAUGUUAAUUGGGACUACGGUCCUCUAUUUUGUAUAUUGGAACAGAAACUAAUAUGAAAUAAAAUAUGUUCUCUAAAGGUAAGUACUGCACCCUUUGCAGAGCCCUCAUGGUCAGUCUGCUGUCUUCUGUGCUUUUCAGUGUUUCACACCCUAAGUAUCUGGAGUGUCCUGUGUUAGGCUGACAGCCCUGAGCUGUGGGAGGAACGUGUUUAAAUGCAGUGCCUUUUAUAUCUCAGUUUGUUGUUACAAAAGUAGUUCUAUGGCAAUUACAUUUUUCAUGAUGUAGUUCUCUAGAAUUGGUUUUUAAGUCGAUUGUUGGUUUCUGAGUUAGAGAAGAGAGGGAGUAUUUUGGAAUACUGUUCUUCCUGAUUUCCUCUAAAGAUCAGAACUUUAUAAAGAGUGCAUCCAAGUUACCUAACGGGUUGCCACUUUGUGGGAGUGGAAGCUGAAGGAAUGAAAAGUCAGAGUAUUUACAGAGCUAGCAUAAGAGAGAAGUGACUGACCAAAGAACUGGAACUCAGCAUCAGAACUAAAAAUGCUCCUGAUGACAAUAUCCAGUGUGAUUUGGUUUCAAGUCAUUUUCCACUUGGGAACUCUACUGUUUGUAAUGAAUAGACAUAGUACUUACAAGCAGAUCGUACCCUGCUGUAUUUCAAGUUGUGAUUACUACAUCUGUGGCCUUUCACUGUGUGGAACAGGGACUUAAUCAUUCACACACGUACCUUAACAUUGAAUUAUGUUGUCAGAAGUUUGUCAUGUAUCAGUUUGCGUAUCUUUAGGUGAAAUUCAGAUGUUAGCACAUAGGGAUUUUAUACCAUUUCAGAUCUGCCUUAGUCAUCUGCAUGGACUGGCAGCCAGACCACAAGACCUGCAGAAGGUCUGCAUCCUCCUGGAGCAGCAGCUCAAAGCUGACCAGGACAUCCUGGCAUGCUCCCCAUGUCUCUGUCUCAGCGUUUCCACACGCAGCAUUGCAUGCACUUCUUGGUGCAUAUACGUGUAUAACUUUACAUUACUUUGGUACUUUUUUUUGCAGUGAUGUUUGUAAACCUGAAGUAUGUGAGGCCACUAGUUACUUUCACUAUUAAAAUGAAAUUUUUCUUACGUUAUUUGGCCUGGUCUCUCAGCUGUGGGUCCAAGAUGACCAGUGAAAGCAUCUUUUUGAAAGAAAUUUUGAUAUGUGAAAUCUUCAGUUUUCAUUUAGCAAAAAUUAAUUUAUUUCAAGAUAAGUAGGUACGUAUGCAACUUUUCUUCUGGAAGUUUAAAUAAUCCAGAUGCAGAUAAUCCAGAUGCAGCUUGUUUGCUCUCCUAGAGUGGUUUUACAGUCUAAGUUGUUCAGUUUUUCCCCUCAUGUUUGUCUGGAUUGAAUUGAAGAUUAUACUGAAAUCUAAAAUCAGUCUUUGCUUUCCCUCUUGAUGUGAACAUUUCAUGGGCUCUAACUUGUGAGGUUUUCAAAGCCCUCUAACUUCUCACAGAACGAUGUGAGAUGUGGAAUACAUCAGUCUCUACAUGCAAGCCUCCAGAUACUCAGUUAUUACUGGAAUUAAUAUUCUCCAUCAUCUGUACUCAAGGGCUGUCCAUUUUGCUGAAUCCUUGCUUCUGAUUGAUUGUUACAGGUGAGCUAUGCAGGUCAACUGCCGUGCAAACAAACAGUGGCUUCAUCUUUCAAAUACAGAGAUCUCUGAAAUCUGUUUCCAGUUUUAUUAAUAGAGUCUGAUGGGGCACAAAUAACUUUGUUUGGUCUGUAUUCAAAACAUUCGCAAUGUGUCUCUUUUGAAGUAAGCCAAACCUCACAAUGUGCUAUCAUGGUUGAUGAGUUCUUUUUGGGGGAGCUUGUUUAAGAACGUGUUGGAUAUAUAAGGAAGAUUGCAGAUAACAUCAGCGUUAAAAGGAACUGCAUAAUAUUUUUCUUCCCAGGAGCUCAAAUGAAUUAUAUUCUUCCUUUUCCUCUAAUGGCUUGUGAUUGGCUCUACAUAAGAGUUUUUAAGGAAUCAGAUAAAGGCAGAGAUGCUGCCUGCCAGCUCUCUGUAUAGAAUUCCUGAUGGCAACAUCAGGGAGCUUUAAUUACAGGAGGAUCAUAUCUGCAUUCCACAGGUUAUGUGAACCAGGAGAGAGGUUGCCUAGCACGGAUCUUGCAGAGAAUGUGGAGAGGAACUUCAGUAUUUUCAUAAGUAAUUGUAGAUUUAAUAAAAUAAAAAUAAAAUUUAAAACAAAAAAACCUAAAAGGUAAAAUACUACAUUUUAUAUGGAUUUCUAGUGUUUUGGGGGAGGUAGGGUGUAUUCAAAACACUGUGCCAUACUCUGGGCUUUUCUUCCUUAUUAAAGAAUUGUGCUUUUU